ACACAAAUAGUUAAAACAUCAUAAAGUAUCAUAGAAAUGAAGUCCAUUUUUGUGAUUCUCAUGAUCUUUGUUAUGUCUACAAAUCCAACUUCAGCAGCACCUUCUCCCUCUACCAACAAUUAUGUUUGUCCUAUUGACAUGAAUUAUGUGUUAACAGUUCCUUGGAACACCUCAACAUGCCUUAACUUCCAAGAAACCUUACAAUCCCAAAACAAAACACAAACAAACCUAUGUUGUCAAACUUUGUUGUCCCUUUUUGGAAUAGCACUAGCAAAAAAUCUAAAAAAAAACUCUCUUUUCCAACUCCCUAACCUAUCUACAUCCACUUCAUGCCUUCAAGAUUUUCAAACCAAGCUCACUUCCCUUUCACUUCACAGUGACAUUGUGUCUUCAUGCUUUGAACCACUUCAAUUUGUGAUCACUCCAAAUAUUUGUGCUAAUAUUCAAUCUAAGCAAGAUUGGUUCAACAAGGUUGGUCCUGCACCAUUGUUCAACACUUCUUGUAAACCAGACCUUAGUGUUUCUACCAAUUGUGAUGCAUGUGUUGAUCAAGGACUCAAGGUUCAAGAGAAGCUGAAUAAAAUUGAUGGUAAUAGUUCACAUUCUAAAGAUUGUUUUUACUUCACUAUACUUUAUAUUGCUGGUGUUGUGAAUGAGUUUGGACCUGAAAACAGUGGUGUUAUGUCAUGCAUUCUUGAAUUGCCCCUUAACUCUCAAAAGGGUUCUAGGAAAAAGAGCCAUCAUCAUACUCUUGUUUUUGGGUUAGUUGGUGCUUCAGUUGGAUUCAUUGUUAUCAUGUUUUCUUUGUUUGGCUUCUAUUUUUGGUGGGUAAAGAGAAACAAAAUUGAAAAUUUUAUAGACCAUGUUGAUCCAUGGGGAGAAAAAAGGUCAAACCCAAGAUUGAGACCAAACACAGGAUCAAUUUGGUUAAAAUUUGAUGACCUUGUGAAAGCCACAAACAAUUUUUCACCUCAAAACUUCAUUGGUAGAGGUGGAUUUGGGACUGUUUACAAGGGAAUUCUACAUGAUGACACAACAGUUGCUGUUAAAAGGAUUGAAGAAUCUGAUUUUCAAGGAGAUGAUGAAUUCUACAAUGAAGUGGAGAUUAUUAGCAACUUGAAGCACCGGAAUCUAGUGCCGCUAAAAGGGUGUUGUGUGGUCGAUGAUGAUGAGGAUCAUAAUCAUGAAUACAGAACAAGGUAUCUUGUUCAUGAAUAUAUGCCAAAUGGUAGCCUUAAAGACCAUCUUUUUCCACAUGAAAUGGAAAAGAAAUUGUUGACUUGGGUUCAAAGAAAAAGCAUAAUCUUGGAUGUGGCAAAUGGGUUGGUUUAUUUGCACUAUGGAGUUAAACCUGCAAUUUAUCACAGAGAUAUUAAAGCUACAAAUAUACUACUUGAUGAAGAUAUGAGGGCAAGAGUUGCAGAUUUUGGGCUAGCAAAACAAAGCAGUGAAAGUAAGUCUCAGCUGAAUACUAGAGUAGCUGGGACUUAUGGAUAUCUUGCACCAGAAUAUGCACUUUAUGGACAGUUAACUGAGAAGAGUGAUGUUUAUAGUUUUGGUGUAGUUGUUUUGGAGAUUAUGUGUGGAAGAAAAGCACUUGAGUUGUCUUCAUCAGGAACAACUAGUUUCUUGAUCACAGAUUGGGUUUGGUCUUUGAUGAAAUGUGGAAACAUAGGAGAAGCUUUGGAUGGUUGUAUGUUGGUGGAUAAUGGAAAAUCAUAUAAUAUAAUGGAGAGGUUUUUGGUGGUUGGAAUUUUGUGUUCUCAUUUAGUGGCUGAUUCAAGGCCAACAAUUUUGGAUGCUUUGAAGAUGUUAGAAGGGGACAUUGAAGUUCCACCAAUUCCAGAUAGGUUACUGAGUCUUGGAAACUACAUGUUUACUAAUGGUGAUUCAGCAGAAUACAAUCAAAACUAUUACUUCUUCCUCUCUUUGGAAUGUCUAACCCUUGAGCUGACCAUGAAUCCUAUUUUGGUUUUUUUUCUCCUAAUCUUUGUUAUGGUUACAGAUGCAACAAAUUCAACAAGACAUUCUAUAUGUCCCGUGUCUAUGAAUUUUGUCCACAAAGUUCCUUGGAAUUCCUCCACUUGUCUUAAUUUCAAACCUUUAGAAUCCAAAACCAAAACAAAAGAAACCAUUUGUUGUCAAACUCUAUUAUCUCUCUUUGGUAUACCACUUUCGGAAUAUCUAAAAAAAACCUCACUUUUCCAUUUUCAAAAUAUCACUACUUCAAUCUCUUGCCUUCAAGAUUUCCAAUCUAACCUAACUUCACUUUCACUCCCAGACAACCUAGUUUCUUCUUGCUUUGAUCCAUCUCAAUUUGUAACCACUCCUGACACUUGUGUUCAUAUUCAAACUGAGCAAGAUUUGGUUCACUCAGUUGAUCCAACGAAUUUAGCACUACUUAACACUCUUUGUGAACCCGAUUUAACAGAUCGUAAUCAUUGUCCUGCUUGUGUUACACAAGGGAUUAAGGUUCAACAGAUUCUGACUAAAAUUGAUGGUAAUAGUUCACAUUCUCAAGAUUGUUUUUUCUUCACUAUACUUUAUAUUGCUGGAAUUGUGAAUAAACUUGGUCCUGAGAGUAAUGGUAUUUCGGCUUGCAUUCUUAUUUUGUUUGCUAAUUUACAAGGGGAUUCUAAAAAGGAACACCAUCAUGCUCUUGUUAUAGGGUUGGUUGCAGCUUCAUUUGUGUUUGUGUCUUUUUUGUUAGGGUUAUUGUAUUUUUGGUAUAAAUGGUGGGUGAAAAGAACAAAUGUUGAUAAUUUACUGUCACAUAAUGCUGGUUCACAGGAACCUAGCUUUAGUUUAAGAGUUAGACCAAAAAGUGGGUUGAUUUGGUUUGAAUUUAAGGAUCUUGUGAAGGUUACUGACAAUUUUUCAGCCGAAAAUUUCGUUGGAAGAGGUGGGUUUAGUUUGGUUUACAAGGGGAUUUUACCCGAUGGGACGAUCAUUGCGGUUAAAAGGAUUGAAGAGUCUGAUUAUCUAGGAGAUGCUGAGUUUUACAGUGAGGUGGGGAUUGUUAGCAGUUUGAAGCACCGGAAUCUGGUGCCACUAAGAGGCUGUUGUGUGGUUGGUGAGGAUGAGAGUCCUGAGUACUCAGGAAAGUAUCUUGUUUAUGAUUAUAUGUCGAAUGGUAAUCUUAAAGACCAUCUUUUUCCAGACAUGGAAAACCAAAAUGUUAAGCAAUCACUGACUUGGUCUCAAAGAAAAAACAUAAUCUUGGAUGUGGCGAACGCGUUGAUUUAUUUGCACUUUGGAGUUAAACCUGCUGUUUACCACAGAGAUAUAAAACCUACCAAUAUACUACUUGAUGCAGGUAUGAGGGCAAGAGUUGCAGAUUUCGGUCUGGCCAAACAGGACAUUCAAAAUAAGCCUCAAAUAAAUACUAGAGUAGCCGGAACUCGUGGAUAUUUAGCUCCGGAAUAUGCACUUUAUGGUCAGUUAACUGAGAAGAGUGAUGUCUAUAGCUUUGGCGUCGUUGUUCUUGAGAUAAUGUGUGGAAGAAAAGCUCUUCAGUUGUCUUCGUCCGGAGAGCCUAAUUUCUUGAUCAUAGAUUGGGUUUGGUCGUUAAUGAAAUCUGGAAAAAUAGAGAAGGCUUUCGAUGUUUCUAUCUUAAUGGAUGGAAAUUCCAAUAGAAGCAUAAUGGAGAGAUUUUUGCUGGUUGGAAUUCUGUGUUCUCAUGCUGUGGCUGAUUCAAGGCCAACAAUUUUGGAUGCUUUGAAAAUGUUAGAAGGAGACAUUGAGGUUCCACCAAUUCCAGAUUGGCCAAUCACUCUAGGGAAACGCAUGUUUACCAAAGGUGAUUCAACUUAAUAGUGAAACCAUCUUGUCUUGUGUAUGAAGAAGCUUAACAUAUUUAUGUAUUUUUUUAUAAAUAAUGAAUUAUCUAUUUUAUUGUUAGAUUGAAAAUUACAACAUCAACAAGUCAACAAUAACAAUCUUUUCCUACUAGACAAUAUCUGUUAUAUGAAUCGGUCAAUGCCAUAAAGUUUUGUCGUGUAUCAGGUCUAAGAAAAUUUAACUCUAACUUUCUUUCAACAGUUUGAUUUGAUCUAUAGAUUUUCUGGUCUUGUGUAUAUCUCUUACUAUUUGACUAUCCUCUAUUGGCUGUACUCUCCUUACUAGUGUUAAUAUACAUGACCAAAGAUAUUUAUCAUCA